CUAGUGCGUAGAUUAGAUUAGCUUAGCAUAACAUAACAGCUAGCUUAGCAUAGUUAGUGUUUGAAGCGGCUGGUUGUUGACGUUGUGUCUCUGUUGUAUCUGAGGCUUGUAGUUCGGAUACAUGGACUUAAUAAAGACAUAAAGUGGCUACUUGUAGAGGGUUUUUUUGUUUGUUUUAUUUUAACACAAAUAAAAUGCUCGAAUGUAGCUGAAGGCAGGUGUGAAGAUGCUGAUGCUCUCACUCACUCAGAUCUUCUUCAUCACCUUCGUCAGCCUGCAGCCUGUGGAGGCCAACAUCGUAGCGUACUUGGAUGAUAAUCGGACAGAGACAUUUAAUGAUGCUCCUGCCCAUUUUGGACACAGAUUACCCAGCGAGGGCCUGAAGGGUUUCCUGAUUGGUGCUCGGCCUGAGAAUGGGUGUGUAUCAAUUGAUCCUCCACCAAUCGGAGGGAACUCCCACAACUGCUUCAUCGUCCUCAUCAAACGAUACCACUGCAAUUUCGACAUCAAGGUGCUGAAUGCUCAGAGGGCAGGUUACAUGGCCGCCAUUGUUCACAAUGUAGAUUCAGAGGAGCUCGUCAUUAUGGGAUCUGAUGACUUGGAGGUGAAGCAGAUCAACAUCCCAGCUGUGUUUAUCGGAGAAAAGGCUGCUCAGUCUUUAUUGGAGGAGUACAGUUACGAGAGAGGAGGUUCUGUAAUCCUGAUUCCUGAUUUCAGUUUGCCGUUGGAAUAUUACCUGAUCUCGUUCCUUGUCGUCCUGGGAAUCUGUCUGAUUCCCAUUGUGAUCAUUGUGAUCACCAAGUUUGUUCAGGCCCGACACAGAGCCCGACGGGGCCGACUGCAGAAGGACCAACUGAAGAAACUCCCCGUCCAUAAAUACAAAAAAGGUGACAUCUAUGAUGUGUGUGCAAUCUGUCUGGAUGAGUAUGAGGAGGGGGAGAAGCUGCGUGUGCUGCCCUGUUCACAUGCAUAUCACUGUAAGUGUGUGGACCCAUGGCUAACAAAGACGAAGAGGACGUGUCCUGUGUGUAAGCAGACAGUGGUUCCGGCUGGUUCGGAAUCCGACUCGAGCAGCGGCGGAGAUGAGAGUGAUGAGGUUUCUGAAAGCACGCCAUUGCUCCGGCCACACCCCCCUGCCCGAAUCCGCACCCCCUCUCUCACCAGCACACUCUCUGCCUCCACCAGCCCUCCUGACUGCUCCCAUUCUGACUCUGAGUCUGACUCCACUGAGGAAGAGGGGGAAGGGGAGGUGGUCACCGUGGAAACAGUUGUGUUGUUGCAGCAGGAAGGACCUGAUGUCAUCAAUGCCUAAGCAUGCCAAUCCGACUGCUAAUCAGUCUGAAGUGACAGUAUAGCUCAUCUACACACAAAAACACACACAGCGAGAGCAUGGUUUAUGAUUUUAUCACAAAGGUAGAGUGAUGGUGGUUUGAUUGAUUUUGUCAUUUCUGAGAAAGACACACGCAGCUUUACAUUUAUCCAAAAUAAGGAUGUAACAGACUUUACCUAAAUAUUCUGCCUACAUAGGGACGCUCCUCCCGAAUGAAACCUAUUCUGAAGUGCUGAUGAUGAAUAUUACUCUAUCGUUUAACUGACUUUCGGCACACGCGUGUCUUCUGUAGCACCUUUAGUUAUUAACUUUAUUUUCUUUGAUAGGAAUUUUAAUCUUUUUUUUUUUUUUUUGCCAAGACGGUAGCUAGUGUUGCUUUUCUUUUGUAAAACGAAGCCAAACAUUUUGAUUGUGACACUAUUAAAAUUAUCUAAUUUGCUUUCUACAGAACUUCUGAUGAAUGCAUGAUCAGCGCUCACGCCCUCCGCAGUAUUCAGUUUGUCCGGGUGUGUUCUGGUGUUUGUCUUUGUGACUGUUAAACACUCGCUUCUUGUGUUCACUUUAUUUUUCCAUUCAGCUGAAUUUAAUUUCACCUCUAAUAAAUCAGUUCUGCUGUAGAAUUUGUACCAUCACAGA